AUGGGAAUCGGAUUUAAAAUUUUAGUUGGUUACCAAAAAGUAUCUUAUGAACUUUGUAAAAAUUUACCAAAUAUUGAUCAACAAGGUUUGAAGGGUAGCAAAGAACUUGACUCUAUGAAAGACGUCGAUAAUUUGGAAGAAGGUAAAUCAGAAGAGAAGGAAAGCAAUUCGAAAGACGAUGAACAUAUUGAAAAAGAAAAGGACAUAAAACUAAAUGACAGUGCAUCACGUGAUGAACCUGAUGUAAAUGAUGAAGUAGACGAAGUGAAAAAAGAAGAUGAAGAUAAAAGGAAGAAGAAAAGAAGAAAA